ACCUACCAGUUUCUCCAAAAAGAAAUCAAUGAAUUCCUAAAUAGUUUUCUUUCUUGUCAUGGUAGCGAUUACAGUCGAAAGGCUAAAUUUUUUAUAUAAAAAGAAGAAAGCGCGUUCGAUCUUGUAAGACCCGUCCACCCCAGCACUUUCUCACAAAUCAAGUUCCAAUAUUUCAACAAAUCAUGCCCUCAAGCCCCGCAUCAGACCUAAGAGCGGCACACAACAUCAUCGUCAUCACUUCACACUUAUACAUAUUCACUUGCAGACAAUUGCCAGAUCAUUCUCUUGGCACCUUUCAACAACCUCGCCGUUUUCCCUCCAUCAAAGCCGAGAUUGUUGGUCCACAAAACCAACCAAAUCCAACCCUUUUUCGCUAAUCACUCCCUUCUUUAAUAAAGGCUCGAGCUUUUGCAACUUGGGUUUUGGAUCGGACUCUUGAACAAGUGAACCAUGUCUGAGAUAGUGAAGCAACUGUUGGCGAAGCCGAUCCAAUUGGCGGACCAAGUCACCAAGGCGGCGGAAGAGGCCAGUUCCUCGUUCAAGCAAGAGUGCUUAGAACUCAAAUCCAAGACCGAAAAACUCGCGGGGCUUCUUCGACAAGCAGCGCGUGCGAGCUCCGACCUGUACGAGCGUCCGACGCGGCGCAUAAUCGCCGACACCGAACUCGUCCUCGACAAGGCGCUGGCUUUGGUUCUGAAAUGCCGCGCCAACGGCCUCAUGAAGCGCGUGUUCAGCAUCAUUCCGACGGCGGCGUUUCGCAAGAUGUCGUCCCAACUCGAGAAUUCCAUCGGCGACGUGUCGUGGCUUCUCCGGGUGUCGGCUCCGGCGGAGGAUCGCGGUGACGAGUAUCUCGGCCUCCCUCCGAUAGCUGCCAACGAGCCCAUUUUGGGCCUCAUUUGGGAGCAGGUGGCGACCCUCCACACGGGCUCUCUCGACGACCGAUCUGACGCGGCCGCUUCGUUGGUGUCGCUCGCACGUGACAACGACCGCUACGGGAAGUUGAUCAUCGAGGAGGGUGGGGUUGGACCCUUGUUGAAGCUGAUGAAGGAGGGUAAAAAAGAGGGUCAAGAGAACGCCGCCAGGGCUAUUGGGCUUCUUGGCCGUGACCCUGAGAGCGUGGAGAUUAUGAUCCACGCGGGGGUGUGCUCUGUCUUCGCCAAAGUCCUCAAAGAAGGUCCUAUGAAAGUUCAAGCUGUUGUUGCCUGGGCCGUGUCUGAGUUGGCCGCCAAGUACCCUAAAUGUCCAGAUCUUUUCGCUCAGCAUAAUAUCGUUCGCUUGCUUGUAAGUCAUCUUGCUUUCGAAACCGUCCAGGAGCACAGUAAAUACGCAAUUGCUAGCUACAAACCCACCUCAAUCCAUGCUGUUGUUAUGGCUAGUAAUAACUCUAAUGGUAAUAGUUUGAAAAAGGAGAGUGAAGAUGAGGAAAAGCUGAUGCAGAGUCGCAUGCAGCAUCCUUUGGGUGAUAAGUCCACAAAUCAGAUGCACAAAGUGGUCACAAGUACCAUGGCAUUGCAUGCUGCCAACAAGCAGCAGCAACAGUCCAAUGAUGACAAUGGAAUGGCUCAGAACCCACAGGGUGCUCAGCCAAAGGCCAAUGGGAAUAGCAAUGGCAAGCAAAGCCAUCAGUCCCACCAGCAAAGCUAUACCUACUCUGGGAUUAACAUGAAGGGAAGGGAACUGGAGGACCCAGAGAACAAGGCUUACAUGAAAGCAAUGGCAGCAAGAGCCCUCCGGCAGCUCGCCAAGGGCAACGUAGCCAAUUGUCGGAGCAUCACUGAAUCGAGGGCUCUGUUGUGCUUUGCCAUUCUCCUAGAGAAAGGGUCUGAAGAUGUGAAGUACAAUUGUGCCUUGGCAGUGAAGGAGAUCACGGCAGUGGCAGAACAAGAUGCAGAAUUGAGAAGAUCAGCUUUCAAACCCAACUCUCCUGCUUGUAAGGCGGCGGUUGAUCAAGUGCUCAAGAUCAUUGAGAAGGAAGAUACAAAACUCCUUAUUCCUUGCAUAAAGGCUAUAGGGAAUUUGGCAAGGACAUUCCGGGCAACAGAGACAAGGAUAAUCGGUCCCUUGGUCCGUCUUCUUGAUGAAAGAGAAGCAGAAGUGUCAAGGGAAGCGGCAAUCUCUCUCACAAAAUUUGCCUGCUCGGAAAACUACCUCCACCUUGAUCACUCCAAGGCAAUUAUAAGCGCAGGCGGUGCAAAGCACUUGGUCCAGCUUGUGUAUCUUGGAGAACAGACAGUUCAGAUUUCAGCACUGGUUCUGCUCUCCUACAUUGCAUUGCAUGUGCCAGACAGUGAGGAACUUGCUCGGGCCGAGGUUCUUGGAGUGCUGGAAUGGGCUUCGAAGCAACCUAGCGUGACGCAGGAUGAAACCAUCGAGGCUUUGUUGCAGGAAUCCAAAGGCAGGCUUGAGCUUUAUCAGUCUAGAGGUUCAAGAGGAUUCCAAAAGUUACAUCAAUAGGAAGAGUUAGUAAUUCAUUGGUGUGGUUUUGAGGUUUGUCAAUCAUUCAUGUCUAAUCCAUUGCUCUUGUGAGUGUAUAUACAAUCAAAUGCCUUGUCCCAUUGUUCAGAUCUGUUUUUAACUAUAAAGAGAUUUGUUUGCCUAAACCAUUUGUUCUGACUCCCCUUCCUACCUCUCCAGUUGACCCUCUCAUAUGAUACAAAUUGUAACCGAUCAUGAAAACAGUUAUAAAGUUAUACUUU